AUUUUUUAUCUGUGCAGGCUGAAGAGUCAAAAUGGUGAACCAUCGUGCCCCGUUGGUACAGAGGAAGGUAUGUGUCGCUCCUCGACGCCCGUUCGAGAAGGCCCGUUUGGACCAGGAAUUGAAGUUGAUUGGUGAAUAUGGUCUUCGCAACAAGCGAGAGGUCUGGAGGGUCAAGUACACCCUGGCCAAGAUCCGUAAGGCUGCCCGAGAGCUGCUAACUCUCGAUGAGAAAGAUGGCAAACGUCUGUUUGAAGGUAACGCCCUUCUGCGCCGCUUGGUACGCAUCGGCGUUUUGGAUGAGAGCCGCAUGAAGCUCGAUUACGUGCUCAGCUUGAAGGUGGAGGACUUUUUGGAGCGCCGCCUGCAGACCCAAGUUUUCAAACUCGGUCUAGCUAAAUCGAUCCACCACGCUCGCGUUCUCAUUCGCCAGCGACACAUUCGUGUUCGUAAGCAAUUGGUGAAUAUUCCUAGCUUCGUUGUUCGGUUGGAUUCUCAGAAACACAUCGAUUUUGCACUUCGUUCACCGUUUGGUGGCGGCCGCGCUGGUCGUGUCAAGAGGAAGAAUUUGAAGAAAGGCACGGAUGGUGGUGACGGAGGUGAAGAGGAUGACGAGUAACUUAUUCGCCCUCUAUGAAUUCGAGCCUCGAUAUUGUGUCUGGUCUCAGUAAUACAAUUUCGUGCACGAAA